AUGGCCGGACACCCACCACCAGACAUACCCACCAAGACACGGGGUCUACGAGAAGUGUGUGAAUUCGAAGGCCGCAGAUUCUACAGAAGAAAAGGCACACAAGAAUGGACCGAGGACACAUCCGACCCCGAGAGCAUCGUGCCACCUGCCGAGUUCCCACAUCUCUAUCUGUAUCUCGUUCAAGAAGAACAAGGGCCCGGGGAACCCAAUCAUUGGGCUCUCUUCCUCGCAGACGAAAAUGAGCCAGAUUAUGGCUAUGUCUACCAGGUUACCGGGGACGCAGAGCAUAUGACCUAUGAGCCUUCGGCUGAAAAGGUGAACGUAUUCGACGCUGGCAUUGCCUCGAAUGUCUACACGUUGGCUGUUGUGUCCGAGGAUCAAGCCAGGGCAGCGAAACUGGUCAAGCAGAUCGCGGAGCAGGAGCCUCCUCCUCGAGCUAACGACCGGAACUCUGUAACGGAGAACUGUCAAGGUUGGACUAUGCGUGUCGUUGCCAAAUUGGUCGAUGAAGGUAUCGUCAUGUCUCAGAAGCUUGAGAUGGCAAGGUCUAUGUUGCAGCCAGUCUAA